GGGAUUCGUUCCUUUUUCGUUAUUGCUUUUCUAAACGAAAAUAGUUUAGUUGUUCUUUUAUAAAUAAUAACAUCAAUGACAGAUACAAUGGCCGAAACUAUGAAACAGACAGUAGCAUCUAUACUCAAGAGCAUUGAAAGGUACAAUCCAGCUAAUCUGGAAAUACUAGAACGAUAUGUCGAAAUGCAGUCCCGAGAAAACACAUACGAUUUGGGAGCUAAUUUAGCUGUGCUCAAGCUAUAUCAAUUUAAUCCCGAAAAGUUUAACGCAGACAUUACAUGUCAGAUACUUUUGAAAGCUCUUACUAAUUUCCCGCAUACCGAUUUUACAUUGUGCAAGUGCUUACUUCUUGAAUCCGUGGUGGAAAAUGAGACAAUUUCUCAAAUCAAAUACUUAGCCGACAUUCUGGAGCAAUGUGACUUUGCUCAGUUUUGGAAUAGAGUACACCAAAUGCCAGAGCUGUGCAGUCGUAUCAGUGGCUUCCAUGACUCAAUCAGAAAGUUUGUCUGUCAUGUGGUUGGUAUCACAUUUCAGACUAUUGACAAAAACAACCUGGCAAAUCUGUUAGGAGGUAUUGAUGAUGUAACAUUGAAGCACUGGGUUAAGAAGUAUGGAUGGAGGGAUGACGGUAGUCUUAUCUUCAUUGCUAAUCAAGAUGAAAAUAUUAAAACCAAGAAUAUUACAGAGAAGAUUGAGUUUGAUCAUCUAGCCCCAUUGAUGGCUCUUUUAUAAGAUACCAAGCAUGUUCACUACUGUAGGGUCAAAUAAAUAUAUAAAAAAA